AUGGUGCGAAUACGUGCAGGACUUGUGCAUGAUCUGGAGUUGGGCCGCUGUCGUCUGCUCGAUGCUGUCUUCCAACCGGUUGCAACUGGUUGUCAUAACCCAGUCUCACAUUCCGAUUCACUCUCCGACUCAUACUCAACACAUACAAACCUGACUGGCGAACUCAAUAAGCGCACUAGUCAUGCCGUGACUUGCCUGAUCAGUUGGAUGGAGGCCUCCAGCCAGAGACUACUGAAGGAGUCGAUCGGUACCGGCUGCGCGACUACUUCCAACUCAGCCUCGACUAGUUCAAGUCGGCAUGGCAUCUCAAUCUCGAGUCUGAACGAAGCCGAAGGUCUUCUUGCCGAAUGGAUGUCCUGGACUGAACAGGCCGCCUCCAGACACACUUUACUGGCCGAAUUGGUGCACCGGUGGGGACUGCAUUGGCGACAGCAAGUCCCCUCGACGACAACCAUUCAGCUCACUUCGUGUCCGACCUCGGAAUCAACCUUCUCUCCGAGGAUCGAUUCUUCGCUGUCUCCCAUAACACCAAUUGAAGGCUCCCUCUCAGCUAGACCUGUUUCACUUGGCUCGAAUUUCGUAAAUUUUACCAAGUCAGCCUACGCUUCAGACAGACGGCUUCGCAAGCGGAAACGUAUGUUACGAGAGGAGCAAAAGCAGUGGACAAAGGGCGCUAGAUUAGACGGACUUCUGGAUCGCUGGAGAGCAGCGCUCUACCACGGCGGGCGCAUCUGCCGACAAUUGCAGGAUAUGGUGCGCCAAUGGUCUGUGCUAGAACUGCAACGACUGCCAGAGCUUCAAACCGCUUCUGAACUUCUCGACCUGCUGAUUGCCGACUUGAGGGACCCAGAAGCGUCGAACAACCUCGAAGAGGAUGGCGAAAAUGUCAAGUCUCAUCGAGAUUUGCUCAUUUAUAAGAUACAUCAGAGUGAGUAUCUCAUUAACGACGCUUCAGAGAUAUUAAGCCGUGUUGAGAACCUAACAGAAGAAACCACUAUUCUGUCUUCCUCGGCUUGCCGAUUUACGUUCGAAUUAUUUCCCUCGUCGUUUCGUCAAUCUUCCAUAGAAUUCAUUCAAAUUGAACCAAAAAAACUACUUGAAUGUCUUGCAAGUUUAAAUGUCUCUUUGACUGGUCAAAUGGAGAGCCUAAACGAAUUUAUGAAAAGUUCACGAUUGUCAUUUGAACUAGAGGCAUGGAGACUCUACGAUGAAGUUGAAAGUCGGUUCAUUCAUUUGUCUGCUAAAAUAGACACACUGUUCUCGAUUCCAACCGAGGUCCUUCUACCUGAAAUGCCAAGAGGUUUUGCACCCAAAGAGCAGAAUCACAUUCUUGACAAUCCAACACUUACACCUUACAAGCUACCGCUGAUACAGUUAUCUACUCACCUGGCAGACUUCGAUGCAGAACUGAGGGAGCUGAGUGACAAGCUCAAGGACGUCACCGAGGCUAUUACAAACAAUCGGGACUUCAUAAGAGAGGUUGAAUCGAAUAAGCUUGGAUUACAAUGCUUGAAUGAAAAUAUACAGAAGACGUCGAUGCAAAUUAAUCAAAUGGCCAUUCAGAUGCAAAAUAGACUUGAUAAUAUCUUCUCGAUGCUCAAAGAUCUGGAUCUGUUUGAAGGCCUUUUUAUCGCCUCCAAGCAUUGUUUAGAUGGUCUCACAAAAGAUGCCUCAAUUCUUAUAAACAAAUGCAUGUGUUAUUUUGCCCGAGAAGCAGAUACUACUACUACGUCUACUUAUCCAGAGAGCAGCCCCUUACUUAUAAACAUUUCUCAGCUUGAAGAGAUAAUCAGCGCCAUCAGCAUGCUAACCUCAAACUCAGGGCCAUUGGGUCAGAUGAAGACAAUGUCCGGGUGUUGCCCCUCAGCCCCUUGGCAGACCAAUUUUACCCAUCACCUACAGAAAGUGGCCAACAGCCUUUUGGGCGAAGUUAGGGGACUUUGUGACCAGUUAAUGCUUAGACGAACUCAACUGACCCAGUUGGAUUGGCUUACGGGGCUGGCUGAAGAUUGGUUGACGAAGCAGGCGAUUGAAAAUAUCUACCAUUUCGAAUCUGGCCCUGAAAGGUACUUGGCGAAAGUGCAUAACUUUCUAAGAUCCGACCUAGGCGCCAGCCAAAUCGACUGCUUUCUCGCCCUGAACGACUUGGUGAUCAGCUUUGGCUCAGGCUGUAACUGCGAGGAGACGGAAACUUUGGUGCGGGCGAGACAGGCACUGCUCAAAUGGCGCCAUCAAACAGUUGCCAUCGUGCGUUUGGUCGAUGUGUACACCGGCGACUACUGCAGACUGAUCACAUGCGGAGAAGAUUUUGGGAUCAGCAAAUUGAUUGAGAUGUUGAAGAGCUUCAUAGCGGAGGACGACGAUAUGCUAAGAGGCCAAUCUAUCACAGAAGAAUCAAUCAACUUAAGAGAGCCUGAAGCUGAUGAAAGUGGCGUAGGCCUUAUCAAACGGAAGACCUACAGAAAACUUUUUUACUUUCAGCUUCUACUUGUCAAAUGGAGAUUUCGCUUGCCUCUACUGGCCGGAAUUCUGCGCAGUCUUCACACCGCCCUGCUGUGGGCCGAAGGACAAAAUGCCCCUGAUGGCUCCUCAGCUUCCAGGUCAGAUUCAUCCACCAUCCUCGAGCUCACAUACGCUUUGCACAGCCUUGCAUAUCGGAUUUCCCAGCUCGCCAGCAAAGCCAGCCGGUCUGCUCGGGUUUUAGAGGCUGAGGCCGCCAUCAGAAGUGAGCUCAGGCGUCUGUCUUGCCGAUGGAGGUUAAUUGAACAGUCAUUGUGGCGCAGACAGACGACAACCGAACAAAAAGAUGCUGGUAAGACAUCUUCUGGUGAGAUUGACCUACGAAUCUCUUUAAUAUGUACUUCCUUGCGAAAUGAGUCUUCACAUUUAUACAUUACUUAUUUUCGUUUAUAG